AUGGCGCAAAAUCAACAGCCCUCCAAGGCUAAAUGGGGCAUGGGUAGUUUCUUUCAGCAAGCAGUUGCGGGCGUGGAAUCGCGGCUUGACACCAUCUUGAUGGACCAGGAGGAAGCUCAAAAGAACACCCAAGCGAAAUCCCAUGAGAAAGAAAAGAGCGGGUCGCCCCUCCCACAAUCUCCAGCUGGCUCGAUAUCGCGGAGCUCUUCGAGCGCACGCAGAAACGAUCGUCUACAGGAGCGCCUAGCGCGUGCCGUCGUGAAGUCCAACACUGCGAAUCGUAACUCGGAGUCGUCUCCGAGUCGAAUCUCCUCGCCACCAGCCAGCCCAGCCCCAAGCAACGAGACACGAUCGAGCAUGGACGUCGAUGCUAGUCUUGCAUCUAGGACAGCUAUCGCGGACAAGAACCAAAACCCUCCGUCCCAUGGACGCAAUACCACGUCGGAAGCAAGCGCGCCGCGGGGAAGCUAUGAAUCCGGGACAUCUGUACGCAAAUCUACCGAGAUUAGCGUUACAGAGUCAAUUCCCAGAGCUUCAAUCGAUACUGGCGAGCGGUCUUCUAAUAUCGAAAAUUCAAGCCAAGGCCUCACCUUCUCGCAGCGAGCUAAUGAUCUCAGCACUCGGGCAUCGGGUGAAAGCACACGACUUAGCGUGGAUUUGCCGUCUGAACUACAAGCGAAUGAUGAAAACGCGGCCGAUUCGCAAUGGCAACAAGAGAAAUAUGAAUACUUGGAACGGAUUGACACACUUCAGAGAGAUCUCAAAAGCUUGGCUGAAGAAGCUGCCAAGUCGGCCAAGGAGGCUGCUGCUGCCGCGUCGCCUGGGAGUCACAAGAGGGAAUUGGAAGAAACGAGGGGGAAAUAUGCAAUGUUGAUGAAAGAAGGAGAGAGACUUCAAUCAGAUGCCGGGAACUUUCGCACUGUGGUCAGGAGGCUUCGGCAGCAACUCAAUGACAACACGAAAUCCCAAUUGGAAGUGAAGAAACGGACCGAGAAGUUGGAAAGAGACUUGGUGAGCUCAGAGGCCAGAGCAAAACGGGCCGAGUCUGCCGAGAAACGCGCAAACGAAUUACUUUCAUCCCAUACCAAAACAGCCAAAGACCUUGAAGCGGUCACACAUGAGCACGAUGCCCUGACCCAAACUGUUCAAGAAAUGAAGGCACAGAUCAGCCGAGCCGUGGCCCGAGCCGAAGUUGCCGAAGCCAAAGCUCAGUCGGAUACCCUUGAAAAGGAACGACGGAGAACUGCUGAUCUGGAGGAGGAGCUGUCCAGCGUGAAGCUUGAACGCGACAUCAAUGAAGAAAAGUCCAGGAAAGAAGUCCAGGAACUGAAGGAAAAGAUCAAUCAGGAGAAAGAGAGGGCCCGCAUGCUUGAAACAGAGUUGAAAGGAGAACAAUUGGCUUUAGAAAGCAAGAUGGAGAGCCUACGAGCUCGUGCAGAGGAGGCCUCGUCUGGAGCAACUGGAGAAACUCAAGCUAAACUUCUACGGCAAAUUGAGACCCUACAAACGCAGUACUCGGUCGCAAGCGAAAAUUGGCAUGCCCUGGAAGGCUCCUAUAUUUCUCGGUUGGAUGCCGCGGAGAAAGAGCGAGAUCAGGCAGGGGACAGAGAGAGGGAGCUUCGAAAGAAGCUUCGCGAAUCGACACUGAAGGCCAAGGAGCUUGAAGAAGAAGUGGAAAAUACCAAGGAAGCUGAGCAGGACCUCGAGGCCAAGCUCGAAGAGCGCAUGCAGGAGUUGCAGAAGGUACAACAAAGGCUUCAAAAAGUGACGGAAGAUGUGACAAGGGCUCAGAAAGAUCUUAUGGAGCAAAAGAGGACCAACGAUGCGGCAUGGGCUCAGAAGCUAGAGGAAGAACGUGCGAGGUGGCGAGAGCAAGUGAACAACUUGCAACAUCCUCGUGGAGUAUCCCCUGUCCCAUCUACUCGGCGCUCAAGCAACCGAGAUGUUGUCCCUUCUGGCUUAUUCGACUAUCGGCCUUCCAGCCGACGCUCAUCUACUAUUCCUUCCGCCUCGCCUGAUAUCGGCACGCCACCGCGCCAAAACUCCUACCCAGCUUCAGUCACACACGGGACCCUCUCACCCCCUCCCAUUAACACAACUAUGACUCCAUCCAUGAUCAUGGAGACGCCUUCAAUUACGUUCGAACCCGAAGAUUUCUUUGAUGCUACUGAUCCUGCCACCCCGUCUGCUUAUGGUGGUACACAGGCGCCCCCGUCUCGUGGCAUCAACGAUAUCAUCUCCGAGUCGACAGUCGGGGCGGGGCCGUCUGUGCAACUGGUUGAGCGUAUGAGUGCCACUGUCCGUCGACUAGAAAGCGAGCGUGCUGGCUCCAAGGAUGAACUUGCGCGUGUUACAUCUCAACGCGAUGAGGCCAGGCAGCAAGUGGUUGACCUCAUGCGCGAACUAGAGGAGAGAAAGCUCUCUGACUCCCUCGUGCAAGAGCUCGAGGCCAAGCUGGCUGACCUAGAUCAACGAUAUCAAACCACUCUCGAGAUGCUCGGCGAGAAGAGUGAACAAGUUGAAGAACUACAGGCCGAUAUCGCCGACUUGAAGAAGAUCUACCGUGAAUUGGUUGAUAGCACGAUGAAAUGA